AUGCAAAGGUCCAGGCAACGAGUGAAGCAAGCCUGCAAUCGGUGCCGAUUUAAGAAAACAAAACGUGUAUGCAAUAAAUGCCGAAAGGACAAUGUAUUAUGUGAUUACAGCCUAGAUGUGGACCACCAGCGAGAUAAAAGAUCUAUGGUAGUUCUCCUCGAGGAACAGAACAAAAGGUUACGAGAUACAGUACAAAUGUUGUACGAAUGCAUUCGAACUGGUCGCAACAUACCAGCACUGCCUGCACGGAGCCCGGGAGACGAUCGCCCACUCUUACAAGACAUUGUGGCAUAUGUCGAUACAUUUCCUGUGUGCAAGGAAACCACCUCCGACCAGUUCCAGCAUCAGGUUACAUUGCUGAGCACCACACCUACUUUUUCUCUACUACAACCACAGCCAGAAGCCUCAUCACUUCUAAGCCUUGCUGCAAGUGAGCUUCAACAGAGCAGCUUUAUGGCGCCUCCGAUGCAACUAGACCUACCAUUAACAGAAUACGACGUAGCACAAGAGGACCAUGAUCUUCUAGGAAGCAGGCUGGACCUACAAGAGUUUUCGUCAUUUCCGGGGGUAGACCCAGCGGAGGCGGCAGCAUUGCGUCGAUGGCUAUAG